UUGUAGUUACAAAUUCGUUAUGUAUUCAAUGUUAACAAUGAGAAAACAAUUCAAGAGGAGCACAAAACAAGAUGUUAAAUGGCGCCGAGCGUCCAUGUCUGUUGGCAUUUUACUAUGCGUCGUUCUUCUUCGGGGUCAGUCAUCACAUAAAUCUAUGAAAGCUACCUCGCAUGAAGUGUGCCUGCACAAUGUUUCCCUCUCUGGUAGACAACAUUCGUCUGAUGCACAACAUAUGGUUUUUGUAUUUGGAAAUGCUCCACUAAAAUUAUGGACGUCAGUUCUGAAUGGCCUUCAGAAUACAAAUACGAAUGUUCCUAUAUUGCUAAAUUUUAUUGGACAGAUACACGAAGAAAACAUACGUAACUUUUCAGAAACAUACACCAAACUAAUAAAUAGAGAAAUAUUGAUACUCAAUUCCCAUUGGGAAAGGGGGCAACUUACAAAGGAAAUUUCUCUGAUGAAUUAUGUGGAAGGACAAACAGUACACAUUCACCUCAUUCAUGCUAACAGGGGAAUCACAGACCCAGUUGGAUUUGUAAAAUCCGAUAUAGAAUCGCAUAUUAACGUUUUAGAAUUAGUCAAGAUAGUUCACGUCAAGUCAUUGAACUUAUAUGUACAUGUGCCGCCACCUAUGAACGACAUUAGGAACCUCUUGCAAUUUGACCUGCGAUUCUGGAAAAAGGUACAAGGUAAAAACAAGUGUAAAACGUGGUUGGAUAUGAACGAUCUUAGUUCGGUGUUCCUUAAGAGUAUUGUAAUGUACACCAAAACAUAUGGGUCAUUAUAUAAUUUACCAGUUUCUAUCCAGUUUACGAAAUAAAACAAAAUAGUAAGCUACAAUAUGCUCAUGCGAUCACGUUUAUUCAACCCAUUUUCAGAUUUACUGAAAAAACU